AUGGUUGGUGCCGGCAUCUAUGUAACUACUGGAACAGUAAUCAAGAAUCUAGCUGGACCAUCUGCAAUUUUGUCCUACCUGUUUGCAGGUCUGGCUGCAAUGCUCUCAGCCCUGUGCUACGCUGAAUUUGGGGCCCAUGUGCCAAAAGCAGGAUCAGCCUAUUCUUACAUUUUUGUAACACUUGGAGAAGUCUGGGGUUUCAUGGUUGGAUGGAACGUCAUCUUAGAACAGAUAUUAGGAACUGCAUCAGUAGCCAGAGCAUGGAGUGGAUCCAUGGAUACACUUUUCAAUGGAGCAAUACGGAAUGGAACUAUAACUGCAGUUGGAUCUCUGGGAGAAUCAAACUGGCACUCAGAUUACCCAGACUUUCUUGCCUUUGGGGUGUGCAUUGUCAGUUUUGCUUUUGUUGCUACUAGUGCUAAGGUCACAUUGAGAUUUAACAACAUUAUCACUCUUCUGAAUGUUUUAGUGCUGGCCUUUAUUAUCAUUGCUGGGUUUUGUUUUGCUGAUGUCAAACAUUGGAUAGACCCUGCCGAAGGUGGCUUCUUUCCGUAUGGAAUUUCUGGGACAUUUUCUGGAGCUGCUGCUUGCUUUUUUGCUUACAUUGGAUUUGAAGGCAUUGCAACUUCUGCAGAAGAAGCUACCAACCCUGCUAAAUCUAUUCCCAUUGCCAGCAUUGGAGGCGUAACAGUUGUAACUCUUUUCUAUGUAUUGAUAUGUACCAGUCUGACACUUGUGGUUCCAUAUAGUGAUGUAGAUAUUUCAGCUCCCUAUCCACAGGCCUUUGCCACUCGAGGAGUGUACUGGAUCCAGUAUAUUAUUGCCAUUGGAACUUUGUUUGGAAUUAGUACUUCAUUGUUGGGCAGUGCCUUCUCUCUACCACGCUCUGUCUAUUCCAUGGCAUCAGAUGGUUUGCUGUUUCGAUUCUUAUCAAAUGUUAAUGAAAGAACUCAAACUCCUGUUGCUGCAAUUGCAGUCUUCGGCCUCCUUUCAGGACUUAUGGCCAUGCUUUUUGAAAUGGAGACUCUUGUUGAAUUUCUGUCCAUUGGCACUUUGUUUGCAUACACAAUUGUUGCUUUUAGUGUUAUUGUUUUAAGAUACAUGCCUGUUACGAAGUGUCAGUUUAAACUGAGAACAGAGGAACCAGAUGCAGAAGUUGAUGAAGUUUCAUCAGAAUCAGCUUCCGAGAAGCACAAUAUUGUGAGAUCAAAGAGUCAUGAUGAUUUUGGACGUCUUCGACAGAGUUUGCGAAAUAUACCUGUACUUCGACAAUUUGAUCCAGGAAAUGCAGCUAUUCUGGCCACCACUUUCAUGGUUUGCUGCAUGCUGGGAUUGGCAGCAAUUAUUGUCUUUGGAAUGGAAAAUCUUUCCAAUCGUGAUUGGUGGGCAGUCACACUUUUAGUCUUCUUUUCUACUUGUGUGGUAUUCUUUUACAUGGUCAUUGUGGCACAUGAACAAAACAGUGCUUUCUUGACCUUUCAGACACCUUUGGUUCCAUUGCUACCUUCAGCCUCCAUGUUUAUCAAUAUAAUUUUGAUGAUGAAAUUAGGAUCAUUAACUUGGAUGCGACUCGGAAUUUGGAUGGCAGUUGGUAUGUAUGCUAUGUUUAUACUGAAAUUAGUUAACUGA